AUGGCUACUGUUUAUAAGGAUGAUAACUAUUCGUUUUGUAGAUUCGAAUUAGACCUUUCACUUAGUGUAGAUCUAAUCUACUUGGAGACGAUAAUGUCAACUUUGAAUGCAAGUUAUAAGAAUACCUCAUCCAACACAGAGCAUCUAAUCAAAGUGCCAGUGGAUGAAACAAGGCCAUUGACAGAUCACGUCAAUAUGUUGAGAGAUCAGAUUAACGUGUAUUUAACCCAGCUGCUAGAAAAAGAAAAGGCGAUAAGCAAGAGUGGUGAAAAGGUUACUACUGUUGAAGAGGAUGAUAUUGAACAGCAAAAAGAAGCAGAAGCAGCAGCAGAGGAUGAAGAUGCGUCCACAAUGGAAACAACCCACCGUUCCGAAGAGCAAGUGGUGAAGAAACAGAAAACGGAUCAUUAG